CGCGCGCCAGCUUGAUCCCGGGAGCUGCUGCAGCUGCAGAGCGGAGCGGGAUGUCAGGAUUCCGGGCAUCAGUUAAGGAGUUAUGUCCUCCUCAUGUGUAUGGAGUUUUGUACAAAACUUCUAAAACUAUGGCUCUCAUCUACCUUCCAUGCUGUUGAUCAUGAAGUUUCUUGACACAUCUGUGGUUCAUACCCAGAGAAACCUUGCCUUGAAAUGCUGAAAAUUGUCUGCAGAGGAGCUGAAGUUAGUUAAAUACUGGAACAACUGCUGAUUUAUUUGCAUCUUUCAACAUGACCAAUCCUCAGCCUACAAUAGAAGGUGGAGUUUCAGAAGUUGAGAUAAUUUCACAACAAGUAGAAGAGGAGACUAAAAGCUUAGCUCCUGUACAACUUGUUAACUUCACUUAUCGAGAUUUACCCCUUGCUGCGCUUGAUCUCUCUGUGGCUGGGUCCCAGCUCUUGUCAAAUCUGGAUGAGGAAUACCAAAGAGAAGGAUCUAACUGGCUAAAGCCGUGCUGUGGGAGACGAGCAGCUGUGUGGCAGGUAUUUUUGCUCAGUGCAAGUCUCAACAGUUUCCUGGUAGCCUGUGUAGUGUUGGUGGUGAUUCUCCUGACUCUGGAACUCCUAAUAGAUAUAAAGCUUCUCCAGUUUUCAAGUGCAUCACAGUUUGCAGGAAUUAUUCACUGGAUCAGCCUAGUCAUCCUGUCUGUGUUCUUUUCAGAGACUAUUUUGAGAAUUGUGGUUCUCGGUAUAUGGGAUUAUAUUGAAAACAAAAUAGAGGUAUUUGAUGGUGCUGUAAUAAUUUUAUCCUUGGCUCCAAUGGUGGCCUCUACUGUGGCAAAUGGCCCAAGCAGUCCUUGGGAUGCCAUCAGUCUCAUUAUCACUCUGAGAAUUUGGAGAGUUAAGAGAAUUAUUGAUGCAUAUGUGCUGCCAGUGAAAGUGGAGAUGGAGAUGGUGAUUCACCAAUAUGAGAAGGCAAAGGUCAUUCAAGAUGAGCAGCUGGAAAGGCUAACCCAGAUCUGCCAAGAACAAGGGUUUGAAAUUAGGCAGUUGAGAGCCCACCUAGCUCAGCAAGAUCUGGACCUAGCUGCUGAGAGGGAGGCUGCACUGCAAGUACCCCACAUGCUGAGCAAGCAGAGCAGCAAUAGAUAUAAGGUAGUGGCAACUGGAGACUCCGAUGAUGAGGCCACUGAGAACAUCACCGAGUUACGACCACCACGAGAGGCCAUGGUCAAGGAUGAUAUGAACAACUACAUCAGUCAAUAUUACAAUGAGCCCAGCAGUGACAGCGGAGUUCCUGAAGCUGGUAUUUGUGUCAUUACCACAACAGCCAUUGACGUGCACCACCCAAACAUAUCUUCUGACCUGUUCACAGUGGAAGUGCCCAUGAAGAUAGGAAGUAAUGGAACUUCUGCUAGUGUCACAUCAGGAAGCGCCUCCAGAUCUACAGACAGCUCUGUAACCAGAGCCCAGAGUGACAGCAGCCAAACCUUUGGUUCUUCCACAGACUGCAGUACUACCCGGGAGGAAACCUCUGAAUACGGCCCUUUAGACAGGGCUGGGAAUGCAAAACAUGAUCAAAUCGAUUCUGCAAGGCAUAGGGUCAGCAAUGCAGUAGUUCAGGAACUGUUAUCAUCAUUGUCAGAGGAUUCUUGCUUGACACAAAAAGGCUUAGAUCCAGUCAACCUUAAAUUGCCUAGUCCAGCAGGGUCCGCCAAAGCCAGUCCUGAGCUAGAACAUAGAGUGAACAUUUACAACAAGAAGAACCAAGAGAGCUUUGAUGUGCUCCAGAUUAAGCCAGUUAUUCACCUUCAGCAAACUGCCUCGGUGAUCAAUGAAAAGUACAAAUCUUUGGAAUCCAAAGAACAGAAGAUUAGUAGGGUCCCAGAUUCAUAGUUCUCCACAGUGGUAGGAAAAGAUGAGACAUUCUAGAGCUUUAAUGGCACCCUCAGAACAAUUACUGGCUGGAUAUCUUGCUCCUUGCGUGGUUUGAAUGAAUUGAAUAUUCAUAAAAUGCAUGAGUUCUGAAAGCCAACAUGAAUCCAUGACAUUUCUAGCUUCAGAGGUCCUCAGGCCAAGCCCUGGAUGAAGAGAAAAUAUUCUGUAUUACAAAAUAAUGACUUCAAAGAUGUACAUAUUCUUAAUCUUGGUUUUGUGAGUUUUUUUUUAAAAUACACCAAUUUUUAUGGAACUCUGAAUAGCCUUCUGUCAGGUCAAGCUUCAGCAGGGUAUGGUACAUGCAGAUGUAAACUUCUCCUUCUACGAUUUCUUACUGUCCCUUUGUACAUGACGACAGCUGUAAACCCCUUUGUACAAAUUCUGCAGUUAUUUUUGUUCUUCCCAAAAUCUUUUUUCAAGGAGCACUUUGGAUGAUGCAGAUUAAAGGGGGAAAGUGUGAUCUCUUUUUAUUUUAGCAUGAGCUCUUCAAAGACAAUAUUUUGGAAAAGAAAAUAUCGUAUUCACUUCCAAGUCAACACGAGUGAAA